UCAGCAGCAGCAGCGAGCAGCCCCUCUCGCCGGGCCACGCCGAGGAGGCGGUGCGUUGCCUGGCCUGGCCGCUGAGCUGCACGUGCAGCACACUCGCUGAUGCGGCGCCCUCUGGCUGCGCACUCGCAGGCACGCCUCGAGAAGCUGCUGCAGAACCGUGCGGGCCAGAAGGACCUGCAGGACAAGGGCAUCCUCAAGGACACGACGGUUGCUCCUGCUCUGCAGGCCAAGCAGGUGUGUUGGAGUUGGGCCCACCCCUGUCACCUCAAGCUGAGCGCCGCGCCUCGCCUCGUCAGGCAGAGCUGCAGAAGCACCAGCUCGAAGACCGCCUCGAGGGCCGUCUGGAGCGGCGCCCCGAGCGCGAGGAGCUCGAGCGCCGCGGCAUCCUCAAGGACCAGGCCGUGGCGCCGGGCCUGCAGGACAGCAAGGCCAGCCUGGAGCGCAGCCAGCUCGAGGUGAGUUGCGCCGCGCGCCGCGGAGGGAGGAGAGAGGGGAGAGGAGAUGGGCUGUGCAGAGAAUGGCGAAGGGGCAGCGCAAGAGGGGCAGUGGGCCAAAGUGUCCUGCGGUGGACGCGCUGCCAGCGCUCUGAAGUUGCGCGCUGGCCUCGACGCCCAGCCGCACUACCGCCGCAGCCCCGGGGCGCCUGCUCACAUGCCACACACUUGCCACUAGGACAAGCUUGGCCACGG